AUGGCCGUGAACCCGCCAGCGGUGUCCACUGGCAUCUUCGAGAAAGAUGCCGGUAGAGUUGAUGUCAACGAUUCUUUCUCGGGAGACCAUGACGCAGAUGCUGUAAAGGAUUGGUCCGAUGCUGAAGAAACUUCAGUUCGAAGACGUACCGACCUAAUCUUAAUCCCCAUCUUGGGUCUGGCAUUCUUCGCCCUUCAGAUCGAUCGCGGAAAUAUCUCGAGCGCCCUGACAUCGACCAUCACGGAGGAUUUGAACAUAACGACCAACCAGAUCAAUGUCGGCACUCAAUUGCUUUCGGCGGGCAUCGUGGUGUCGGAAAUUCCCUCCAACGUUCUGCUGCAGAUAGUUGGCCCGCAACGCUGGCUAUCGGCGCAACUCUUUGCUUGGGGCUUCGUAGCCACCUUCCAGGCCUUUAUCACGACUUAUCCUGCCUACCUUGUGACGCGCCUUCUGCUGGGUCUGUUGGAAGGUGGAUUUAUUCCUGGCGCCCUGUACUAUAUGUCUCAAUGGUACAAGAAAGGAGAGACUAGUCUUCGCACCAGUUUAUUCUUCUUCGGCCAAAUGUUUGCCUCUGCAACCUCGAACUUGAUAUCGGCGGGACUGUUACAGCUCUCUGGAAAGAGUAGCCUUGCCGGUUGGCAAUGGAUCUUUCUAGUGGAAGGACUCAUCACCAUAUUCGCGGGCAUUGUUUUUGUUCUACUAGUUCCGCGACACGCAGGGGACGGCAAGCCUCUCCUGAGCCGCCUGACUGGAGGGCGCUGGAGCUACUUCACCGAGCGCGAGUCUCAAAUAAUUCGUCAGCGUGUGCUCCUUGACGAUCCUCUCAAAACGCAAGGACAUGUUAAAAUCACUGGACGAAAUAUUUGGGACACGGUUCGUCAGCCGCGCAUCAUUCAACAUUUCUUCAUCACGUUGCUGGCCAUUUGCACUCUACAGGGCCUGGGCACUUACGUCCCAUCAAUGAUCAAAGGAUUUGGAUUCAGUGCAGUGCAGGCAAAUGCGCUAUCUUCUGUAUCAGUGUACUGCGGGAUGAUAUUACUCCUGGCAUUGUCGUUCGCUGCUGAUAAAACUGGCCAUCGCGGCCCAUUCGUUCUCAUUGCCAUAACGUGGAAUGUUAUCGCCUUUCCCUGUCUCAGGACCCUUCCACAAAGCUCAGGAAAGUGGCAUAAAUAUGGAGCCCUGGCGGCCAGUUAUGUGUCAUACGCCAGUACUCACGUAUUGAACAUAGGAUGGCUUUCCGUGAAUUGCAAAUCCCCGCAGGAGCGCAGCGUGGCAAUGGCGUUAAUCAUCAUGGCUGCAAAUGCGGCUGGAAUUGCUGGUUCACAGAUAUUCCGCACCGAAGAUAAACCGCUGUACCAUCGCGGGCUAACGGCGAUUUGUGCCAUUGCCGCUGCUUGCUGGUGCUUGACGGUCAUUCUCAACGUGCAGUAUUUCUUACUGCAAAAAAGGAGGAGAGCUUUAUAG